UGUGUUAAUGCACAUUGAAAAUCAUGGCACUUCCAUAGGUAACCCCUGACACUUAUAAACAUGGCUGCCAUGAAGAAAGUACUACUUGCUGUUGCUGUUGCUGCCUUUGCAGUUUUCAGUGGACACAGGUUCCUUAAACUGAAGGAAAUCAUGCUUGCUUCCAGAGAGAUUCCAGUGAAACACCUCAGCUGUCAUUAUUUGCAGAAUAUUGAAUAUGGGGCAGAGGAUAUCACAAUACUGAAAGAUGGACUGGCCUUCAUGAGUACGGGGUUGAAGUUUCCUGGAUUACAUUCGUUUUCUGAUGAACCAGGGAAAAUGUAUGUUUUGGAUCUGCUGCACCCGAAACCCACUCCAGUGGAGCUGCAAAUCAGCGGAGAACUGGACCUCAGCUCGUUCAACCCACAUGGCAUUAGUGCAUACACUGAUGAAGCAGAUGACUCUGUGUACCUGUUUGUGGUCAAUCACCCUCAUCACAACAGCCAAGUAGAGAUCUUUCGUUAUGUUGAGGAAGACACACUCGUGCACAUAAAAACCAUCACCCACCCCUUACUCCACAGUGUGAAUGACAUUGUUGCAGUCGGAGUGGAGAGCUUCUACGCCACAAAUGACCGCUACUUUCACAGUGAUGCACUUCUGCUUAUUACUGUCUUUUUGGACUUAACCUGGUGUGACGUGGUGUUCUACAGUCCACACGAAGUGAGGGUGGUGGCCGAUGGUCUGCGGUCCCCAAACGGCAUAAACAUAUCUCCUGACAAAAGGUACAUAUACGUUUCGGAUAUUAUGGAUCAUGACAUAGAUGUUUUUGAAAGGCAAGAAGGGGAACAAUUGAGGUACAUCAAGUCUGUAGCUGUUGGAUCACUUUGUGACAACAUCGAGGUGGACCACAAGACAGGUGACGUAUGGCUGGGUUGUCACCCAAAUGCCAUGAAGUUGUCAAGCUAUGAUCCUGAAGAUCCACCUGGCUCUGAGGUGCUCCGGAUCAAGAAUAUUCACUCAAAGCAGCCAGUGGUGAGCAUGGAGUACGCGGAUGAUGGCCAUGUCCUUAUGGGCUCCAGUGUAGCAGCUCCUUAUGAGGGAAAGUUGCUUAUUGGCUCUGUUUUCCACAAAGCCUUAUACUGUCUUCUAAAAUAAUGCCAUUGAUCACUGUUGCUUAAUGAAUACAAAUGUUGUAAAGGGAUGAAAGAAUAAAAAAAUAAAAAAAUAAAAAAAAA